AUGGGCGCCUACAAUCCUGACAUCUCUAACGGGACAUGUUACUACUACGAUGGCUAUGAGGCUGAUUCAAGAUAUAUUCCGUGCGGCAACGCGGCACUCGGUCCCAAGGUAUGCUGCGAGAGCCUGGAUAUGUGCCUCUCGUCAGGUGCUUGCUACAAUGCCCAGUAUGGAGUGACUUAUCUCGCCGGCUGUACUAUUGAAACAUACGACGAUCCAAUAUGUCCCAAGAAAACCUUUGAAGAUGAACAAUGGGUUGGAUUGGUUUACUGCAACGGAACCUCGAACGAAUGGGUUGCGUGUGACGAGAAAGAGACGGGCUCGACCACGGUUACCAAACCAUCAUACUGCUGGUGUCCGGAUGAAGACUCGAGAACUGUUGCCUUCAGCGAUUCGUCUGUUCUUAAGAAUAUCAUGUCUUUACCAGCGACAAAGGGGCAGACUGUCACAUGGAAAGAUGCUGAUACGUGGUCGACGGAACACUCUAUUGCUUCGGCCUUCGGCUUCUCUUUGGACCCCGACACAACCACCAGUACUUCUUCCCCGACCAGCUCCAGCUCAACGAAUAGUGCCUCAACCUCAUUCACACCUGCAUCUACGAGUCAAGGACCCAGCGCAACCUUAAACCCAAUUUCGACUUUUGCGGCACCUGCAGCAACCUCAGCUCCGCCAGCCACGAGCUCCGGCUUAAGCACCGGAGCAAAGGUCGGGGUCGCACUAGGCUCGGUGGGCGGAACAGCAGUCCUUGCAGUUCUAGCCUGGCUAAUUUUCGCGUGCAUGCGGCGGCGAUCUCAAAAGGACGAAGCAAAGGCAGAAGAACCACCACCAAUGCGAGAGCCCACGCUUCCCCAAGUCGAGCGACGAACAACCGACCCCGAUUGGAGAAGCCCAGCCUGGUCAGGUCACAAAUCGGAACUCCCUGCGGACGAGAGCGUGACGAGCAUGAGCGCGUCUCCGGCGCCCGUGUACCACGAGUAUGCUUACCCGCCGAGGCCAGCCAGCACGGUCAGAUCAGAAGUCGAGGGAAGUCCAGUAAGAGCGUCACCUGUGAGGCCAACACAUGACGGAGGAUUGAGAUUGCCUGGGCAGAAUGGGACGUUUUACGAGAUGGCCGGAUGA